CAGGGCCGGGGGGUGCUUACCCCCCCACCAUGCCAGGUGGGGGCUACCCACCGGCUGGGGCAGGCUACCCUCCAGCAGCUGGUGGGGGUUACCCCUCAGCAGUGCCCGGGGCCGGCUACCCCCAAGGAGGAGCUGGCUACCCUUCUGCUCCGGCGGGGGGAUUCCAGGCCCCCCAGGCAGCCUGGGGCUACCCUGCCCCCCCCACCAAUGCACAGGGAUUCCCAGCCUACCCGGGAGCUCCCGGUGCCCCAGCCCCCGGUUAUGGAGCCCCGGGUUACGGAGGAUUCCCUCAGGCGGGCGGUCCGACCUACCCGGGCGGUGCUCCGGGUUCUGCAGCUCCGAGUGCCCCAGGGCCUGGUUACGGUGCUCCUGGUUAUGGUGGAUACUCUCAGCCCAGUGGACAAAGCUAUGGCGGUGGCAACCCCGCUCCAGGUGGAUAUCCCACUGGCCCUGCCCCUGGCCCUGCUAUGAGUGGUCCUCACCCGCCCAGCUCCCAGCCCUCGAUGCCAAACAUCAACGCGCUAUCUAUCGGCAGUGGUGCGACCCAGGGCACGGUCAGGCCAGUGGGAAAUUUCAAUGCCCAGAACGACGCAGAGGUGAUCCGCAGAGCCAUGAAGGGGGCGGGGACGGAUGAACAAGCGAUAAUCGACAUCGUCUGUAAUCGCAGCAAUGAUCAGCGGCAAAAGAUAAAAUUGGCUUUCAAGACUCUUUACGGCAAGGACCUGAUUAAGGACCUGAAGUCGGAGCUGUCGGGGAACAUGGAGGAGUUGAUUAUCGCUCUCUUCAUGCCAACCACUUACUACGACGCCUGGAGUGUGCGCAAAGCCAUGGAGGGAGCGGGCACUCAGGACCGAGUGCUGAUUGAGAUCCUGUGCACCAGGAGUAAUCACGAGAUCCAGGAGAUCGUCCGCUGCUACAAGAACGAGCUGGGACGCGACAUCGAGAAGGACCUGAAGAAAGACACAAGCGGCCAUUUCAAGAGGCUCCUCAUCUCCAUGUCCCAGGGUAACCGGGACGAGACGCAGAGUGUGGACCAGCAGAAAGCCAGGGCGGACGCCGAGAGGCUUUACCGUGCCGGCGAGGGCAAGCUGGGCACCGACGAGUCCACCUUCAACAUGGUGCUGGCCACCCGCAGCUUCCCACAGCUCCGUGCCACCCUGCAGGAGUACUCUCGGAUGGCCAACCGUGAGCUCAUCAACAGCAUCGACCGGGAAUUCUCCGGAGACGUCCGUGACGGCAUGCACGCCAUUGUGCAGUGUGUUAUGAACAGACCGGCCUUCUUUGCUGAGAAACUCUACAAGGCCAUGAAAGGUCUCGGCACCAGUGACUCCACCAUCAUCAGGGUCAUCGUCACUCGCAGUGAGAUUGACCUGGUGCAGAUCAAGCAGGUGUUCUGGGAGAAGUACCAGAAAAGCCUGCGGACCAUGGUGGAACACGACACCAGCGGAGACUACAAGCGUAUGCUGCUGUCCGUCAUCGGCAACUGAAAGCCGCCCCCUCUCUCACCCCCUCGCUCACUCCCUCCAUGCCUUAGUCAAUGCCAAAGCCACUUUGAGAUUCCCAGAGAGACUGCUCCCCGCCUCCCCAAUCGCAUCCCACCUCCCCGCUCCCAGUCCACCUCCAGUUUGGAAAAAAUCCUGUUUUCCCCGGGAUUGAUUUUGUCUGCGUCGUAAUCUGAUGAAUGCUUGUGGCGUCUCAGUAUUCCUCCUCCCGCCUCCUGGGUGUUGAAAGGAAACCCAGUUGACGCUCAAUUUCCAUCCAUCCGGAAUUCUGCGCAGUUAAAGCGCGGAGAUUAACGCUCAGUAAACCCCCAAAUGCAAUGUGUUCGCCACUGCUCGUCCUGCUGCACGUGUCACAGCUACAUGUAACCAGGGUUGAAUAUCGUCACAUCACCGGACCCCUCACGACACCUCGUUUCCAUUGUGGGGGUGGGGAGAGAAUUUUCAAAUGACCUCGAUACCCAGUUAGGGAUCUGACUGAUCCAUUUGAAUACAUUGCAGCUGGGAAGGAAUACUGAUCUGAGCAUUUCUUGCUUCGACGGAGAAACCUUUGCUCCAGAUCUAUUAUUUGGAGGAGCCCUCCCUCCCCCAAGUCCCACCUCCAUCUGUCAGUCAUAAGUCACCCUAACGGUUCAUAAUUAUACUGGGAGAGGAUUAUUCCACUAAAUUUAGAGAGGGGAGAGCCACCAGCUGGUGGUUAUCAAAUCUAUCCUAAUUGACGCAAAGAAUGCUUUUUUAAAAAAAGGCGCCCCCUUCCCCUGUCUCUGAAUAUCUAGUGGGAGAGACUUUAGACAACUAUCUAAACAAGGUUUUAACCGGUAAAGCCUUUGUGAGUUUGCUGAAUGUAUCUGAUUAUUAAUUCUAUUAUUCUGCUGUUAUAGUAAGCUUGUAUGUCGAAUCACGUGGAGAAAGAAACUAUUUGGGUUGUUUUGAAGCAGUGGCGCUUGUUGAAAUCCAGGCAAAGCCUCGUUGUAACGAGAUGCUUUGACUUCUGCCAAAAUGGCUGCCGGUCCGUGCUUCCAAAUCGCCAAUGAUGUCGUGUCCUGUGCGCUCUGCAUGCGCGCUAUACGCAGGCAGGCCCCCUGACAUCAACUCCUGUUGGCGUCACUUCCUGUGCGUUCUGCUGAUGGGUCACACCCUGUUGGAUCCACAGUGUGAAGCGUUAUAACGAGGUUUGGUCUGGUGCGAAGGAAAGGCGACCGAGCCAAAUUCAGAUAUUCCCCCCAAAAACUUAAGCGAACCAUGAUUUAGUGCCACCCGCUCACUGCACAGGUGAUUUAUACAGAGCAUCACCUGAAUACUCGAGCCACAUGCUGACACUAGGCUUAGCUGAGCUCUGCACAUCUAUCAUUGUAUCAAAGUCAAAAAUAACUGCGUUGGACAUCAUAGAUGCUUUUCUCAGAGAGAGCAGGAGAACCAGUCAACAUGGAUCCCAAUAUUGCCUGUAACCUGAUGUUAUCUUUACUUGUGAUGGUUAUUUGGACAUUUCCAGCAUACUCACACUCACUCACACUCAGUCACUUACUCAUCUCAUAUUCACUCUCAUACAUUUUCACACACUGAUACAAACACAUUCUUUCACACGCGCACUCUCUCCACUGUCGUACAUACUCUCACACAUAAAUACACACACACACACUCUCACACUAUCAACUCACGCACACUCACAUGCUCUUGCGCACACGCACACACACUCAUUGUGGGUUAGACUGACCUAUUGUUUACUCAGUCCUCACGUGUCUCAGGACAGGGCGAGGUCUGUUUGGAAGCUGACCAUUCAAUGGCUCAAAGUUCACACUCAGGACCCUCUUCCCCCCAAAUAGCUACGACAAUCUCUUCCCCCCACCCUCCCUCGCCUGCCCCACACCCACUCAGUAACCACCUGCUAUAGUGACCUCUCUGUCCACAGCCAUAUCUGUAUCAGCCACCGGGGUCCUGACCAAAACACAAAGCUUGUUUUUGAGGUUGGGGGAAUUUGGUCAGCCAGGUAUCUGACACACACAGAAACCCAUCACCGUGCUUAACAGUCUCCCAAUCAAACUGAGAAUUCCUUGUAUCCCACCUACACAUGGAAAUACCAGAGAUAGACUGUUGGGAAUCGAAUGCGCACUCUCCCUGAUUCUUAUCUAAUUCCAGAGAGUAUUAGGCGCAGGUUGGCAAGAGCCAAGGCUUGGGGACACCAGAGUGUUGUAACCGCUGGAGUCUAACCAGCUAAAACCGCAUAGCUUGCCUUUGAUAUCGCUGUAUGGCAAGCUUUUCUGCUGCUUGUCCAGCUUGGACUACCCUACGGGUUAGGGCUUUGGCUUGCGGGGUUAACGGGAGCUGAGUGGAAAGAGUCCCUGGACCCAGUGACUGGUCUGCCCUUCCAACAAAGUCGGUCACCUGCUUAGGCUCCUCUCACCGUUCCUCCGUCCUCACACACAACUCCAAACACUUUUUCUGUGGUUCAGUUUUUGUACGGAUCGACAAGUGACAUCACGGUAAAAUUCUUGGGGGUGGGGGAACUAUAAAAACCCUGGAAAAUGUUGCCCUACCCCAACCCCACCGC